ACUAGCUCCCAACUCCAACUUACCUGGAGCCGGAGCUAUGACGAACGGUCUAGAUUCACCAAAACUUGGAGCGGAGCGGGAUGAAUUGCUCCAACAAUUUGUACUAGCGAGAUGGAGCGGCCAAAACGUGGCUCCACAGCUCCACUCCGAAAAUAAUUACAGCGCCACCCAUCCCCUUUCGUCGAAUUUACAAGAAAAUGCCAUCGCACUACCCUAUCCAGCCGAACCGGUUCGGGCAUUCUCAUCCAGCCGUCUCCCUCGGGCCUUAUCGCGAAAGGAGAGAGGGGAGACGAGUGAGGCGGCGGUGACUGCCUCCUCGACGCGGCGGCGACUGCGACGGCGCACGGCAGCGCGCUGCUCCCUCCCUCCUCCUCUCGGCGCACGGCGGCGACAGCGUUUUUCGGUGUGGACGCAGCACAGUGACGGCGGCAGGGUUUGGAUCACGGUGACAGUGGCGGUUUGCAAGUAUUUCUCCAGAUCUGUGUGCAAGGCAUGGCUCAAAAUGUGCCUUCGAAGGGUGUUAAAAUGCCCAUGGACUCUGCUGAUUGGAAUGACUACAACACUAGAGUUGUCUGUGAGAUUUUUGUUGAGCAAGUAGCUGCGGCUAAUCGUCCAAAUACCCAUUUAUCUAAUCCUGGGUAUAAUGAAGUCAUUGAGAAAUUUGCAGUAAGAACAGGUUUAAGGUACACUAGACUUCAAAUUAAGAAUAAGUGGGAUAAGCAUAGGGUUGAGUACAAUUGUUGGAAAAAGUUGACAUCUCAAACAGGAUUAGGAUGGGAUAACACAAAGGAAACUGUUACAGCUACUGUGGAACAUUGGAAGCAACUGAAAGGAGAUAUACCAGGAUGCACCAAGUUUAUGAAAGCUGGCUUGCAAAAUGAAGAGCUACUGCAGAAAAUGUUUGAAGAUAUUCGCAAUACCGGUGCCGACCAUUGGUCUUUAGGGCAAAGCACCAUACCAACACCCACCAAUGAGGCAAUUCAUAUUGCUGAUGAUAAUGAGAUUGAUGAAGAGACGGAGGAUGAUGAACCAAGUGCAAAACGAAAGAGAGGUGGUGGCUCAAAGGUGGAUAAGUCCAAAAAGAGCAAGAGUGGAUCUCAAAAGAUGGUAGAGGAGAUGUCCAAGAGUAAUGAACUCUCUGCACAGACUUUGUCAUCCAUUCAGUCCUUCACUAAAACAAGAGAGGAUCCUCCGGGUUGUUCUAUAAAGGAUGUUAUGGCCUUGGUGGAGGAAUGUUGUGCCGUUGAAGGGACAAAUGAACAUUUCAUUGCAACUGAAAUAUUUAUCAAGAAGGAUCAAAGGGAAAUGUUUGUUAAUUCUUUGUGCACUCCUGCAGGUCGCUUUGCAUGGCUUAAGAAGAAGUAUGAAGUGAAGUACGGAAAUUAGUUGAAUGUGGUGUGGCUAUGAAUUGUAUCCCUUUAAUCAAGUUCUGUCAAUGCAUUUCAGAACUAUCAUGUGUUUGAGACAUAUGUUUGUAUGGGUUAAAUUUAAUUGUGAACAAUUUAUGGGUUGUAUCACUUUGUUUGUUUGAGUUGUAUUCAGUUCUGAACUUGAGUACCUAUGUCAUGCACUGUUGUUGGAUAAAAUCACCUUGUUGAUUAAUGGUGU